UUGUCGUCAACCACUGCGGAUAUCAAUGGUGACAGUUUCAAGUAUUUAGGGCCUAUUUCUAUCGUUUACAAACGUAAUAAGAACAAAAUAUUCUCAUUGGUGGGUCUGGUUAAUGCGCCAGAAUUCCGCCCAGAACCAUAUCCCGCUUGGACGGCUGGGAUCCUGCAGUAAAGGGAGGUUCACCGAACCUCAACCAGUCCCCGGAGGGGUCGUGUCUCUUUAGGGAAAGGCUGGAUUACAACGCGGAGCCACCCUGGGAUCCCAGCUGAUAUUUACUGAAAGAGCAGGUGUUCCAGCUGGCCAUAUUACUUCGUAUCUCCUAGUGGCUAGCUCAGUUUCAUCAUUUUGGCUUUCAACUUCAUUGUUCAUUCACCUGACAUCAUGAAUCAAGUGUGCAUUAUUGGUAAAACCCAUCUGAUUGAUAUCGUCAACCCCAACCCCAACAUCUUGGAUACAGUCAGCAAGAUCAUCUCAUCACGGACAGGAGAGGAUAAGGAUGAUGCAUUUUUCUGCUGCAACCUUGGUGACAUUGUUAAGAAAUACCAGCAAUUCGCCGCCAACUUGUCUGAAGUACAGCCUUACUAUGCCUUGAAGUGCAACAGCGAUCCUGUGGUUCUGCGCCUCCUGACAGGUCUUGGAGCCAAGUUUGCCUGUGCCAGUAAGGCUGAGAUCAGGAAGGCAUUGGACCUUGGAGUUGGAGCUGACAGCAUCCUCUUCUCCAACCCAUGCAAGCAGAAAACUCACCUCAAGUAUGCUGCACAAUCAGGCGUCACCCUUAUGACCUUCGAUAGUAUCAACGAGUUGAACAAGAUCAAGUCGACUCAUUCAAGUGCAAGGUUGAUACUGUGUACCAAGUUGCAGAUGCUGCAGGAUGAUUCUCAGCCCAACCUCACAGUUGGGUGUGAUCCAGAUGAGGCAGUCCGCAUUCUGGAGAGGGCAAAAGAGCUUGAUCUACAAGUUAUGGGCAUCAGUUUCUCCCUUGACGCAGACACCGUCAAUGUUGCAUCUUAUCCCCAUGCCAUCAGCAUGGCUCAUGAAAUACAGAGACAGGCUACAGAGCUUGGCUUCAAGAUUGAGCUGUUGAACUUGGGUAAUGGGUUUGCUUGUACAGACACAGAUGAGCUCAGUUUCGAUGAGGUAUCCCAUUCCAUCAGUGUGUCUCUCCAGAAGCACUUCCCUGAAGGUAGCGGCAUUCAAGUGAUCGCAGAACCAGGACGUUACUUGGUCACAUCAGCACUCACCAUUGCUGUCAAUGUCAUUGCCAAGAGGGUGGUUCACCAGGAUAGGGACUCCGAUUUUGAAGAUGACCUAGACGAUGACAUGUCCCAAGACAAGGAACCUGCAUUCAUGUACUACGUAAACGAUGGUGUCUACGGCUCGUUCAACUGCAUGAUGUAUGAUGGCGCCCUAAGUCUGACUCCAACCCCAUUGGACGAUCGUAGUGGUGACCAGUAUUACUCCUGCAGCAUCUGGGGUCCAACGUGCGAUGGUCUUGAUUGCCUGACUACCUAUCAGCUCCUCCCUGAGUUAGAGGUGGGAGACUGGGUCCUCUACGCCAACAUGGGAGCCUAUACUCUGACUGCAUCAUCAGCAUUCAAUGGCAUGCCACAGCCCAAAGUCAACUACAUCAUCUCUGUAGAUUUGCUUCCCAUUCUGUACCUUGAUCGACCUAGACACAAUUUGUCAACUCCCAAUGCUGUGAGAGAUCCAAGACAAGUUGCACGCCGGUGUGAGUCCGAGGAUAUCCAUGUUACCCUGGUACGAGAGUUAAAUUUUCCUUUCAAUCUAGAACGGUAAAACAUCAUUCAUCUAUCACAUGACACAUGCAAGAAAUGACCGACUCUGAAUAUGAACAUAGGACAUCACCGUUUAUAGCAAAUUCCAAAGAAAGUUGUGAAUGCCAAUUAGCUUUUUAAAUUUGUUUAAAACAUUGUUUGCCAUAAAAAUUCCAUUUGUGUAAAUUCUUCAGUCCUUUUUGCCGAAAAACACCAAUUUUGGCUGCAAACAAUGGCUGUGAUUAUUUUCUUGAUGUAAGUCACACUGCAGAAGUUCAAAAUUAUUUGCUUUCUUGAUAUAUACAUGUACUUUUCUGUGUCGACAGUUUUAUUCUAGACAAGAGGCAUCUGCACAGGGGACAGGACAUUCAUUAUUGAAGACAACAGACCAUCUUUGACUUUGGUUGUUGGUAUAAAGUGUUGAUGUUCCUACUGCCAUUUACAAAAUAAAUAUCUGUGGCGUAUAAUGUAUGUAUUGUAGACUUCUAUUCAUGUGUAAGUCAUUUUAAAUGUUUGUUAUUUCUGAAAUAGAUUAUGACAGAGUUUUGCAAUUUGUAUGACAUCUUUCCAAAGCCUAGUUCUGGAAUGCUUAGUCUAUUAAUUAAUCAUUAUUAUUAUUAUUAUUAUUAUUAUUAUGAUGCAUGUAUGUUGUCUCAUUGUUUUGGUGGUGGGUUCAAAACUUCAAAUAUUCAAUACCUUUGUACAGUUUAAGGAAGCAAUACCUUGCUGUCAAUACAUGUAUUGAGUGUCUCACCAAACACUGCAAGUGUGUAUCUUUCUCGACUGCUCAGCACCUCUUCUAUGAAGCAGUUUGAAUCAAGUCAAUGCUGUCACCUUGAAGUUCACAAUGGCUCCUGCCCGAGUCGAAAAUGUAAUUCGCUUCCUUCCAGGUGAGUGUGGUGUGGUAGACAAACUCACCGAGUUAUGGUGUCGGCCUCUGUUGAUUUCGAUAUCACGACUGAUGUGACGCUGGAAGCAUCAGAGACUGACCCCACCGCUAUCCAUUUGUUUCCCACAACAACACUUUAUCACUAUGACCAGGGGCACUGAUCAGGAAAGGCGCGAAUUGUGUUCAGCACUACAUGUACUUCAGUCAUUCAGAAAAGAUUAGGAUAACUUUGAAAGUCAGUUCUUUUCACUGAAUUGUUAUUGAAUUGUCUGCAAAGAAUCGGGGUAUUCACUGCAUUUCUGUAUAUUGUUGUCCGUCAGUCCAUCAUACUUCCUUAAUGAUCAAAUCUCAAUGAUAAACACAGUGGUUCAACUUUUUAGCUCACCUCUUAGCAGAGGUGAGCUUAUCCCAUACCGUGGCGUCCGUCGUCCGUCGUCGUCGUCGUCGUCGUCGUCGUCGUCGUCGUCGUCGUCGUCGUCGUCGUCGUCGUCGUCGUCGUCCGUCGUCCGUUAGCAGGGCACGUUUCGUAACUGUUAAAGCUAUUGGGUUGAAACUUGGUACACAUGUACCCUUAUGUAAUGACACCUGGGAGACCAAGUUUCGGUCCGAUUCGUUUCAUGGUUUGGCCACCAGGGGGCCAAACGUUAAAAGUGAAAAUAUGCAAUAUCUCCCUUAAUAGUAGUCGGGAAAUUU